AUGGAAGUUGUUGUUAUCGCCACUCGUGUUCAUACUUUCUUCGGAAAAGCUGCACAUCUUGUCGACAGUACCAACCAAGAGGUGCUUCUGACAUUGAAGACGACGGACAUCGGAAUCACUGUUGUCGACGCUACAGAUGCUGCAAGAGGUGCUUCUGAUAUUGUGCUUACCGAACCCGAACUCAGUGUUAUCAUCAGUGCAACGAUCACCAGUCGAGCAAUUUUCCAAAUAAUGAAUAAUUACACCAUCUAUGAUGUGUCGGUUAACAUUCGCAUUGUGUUUAUAUUCAUGUUCAUCGCAUUGAUAUGA